AUGAAAGGAUUCAGGCAGAGAGUGCAUGAACAGCUUUCGCGCGCGAAAGACUCGAACAAGUCCUCGAAGAAGAAAGACUCCUCAUCAUCAUCCAACAACGCCGCUCCCCCAAAUCCCGUGCCCACUUCUGCUGGACAAGGUCCUUCUCCCACGAACUCGAACCAUGGAACCCCCAACUCAUCCUCAACAGCGUUAAAUGAUACAAAAGGAAAGGGUUCUGCGCCUCCUGAAAAUGCCGGCCAGCCCCAAAUGACCAUUCACCACAACGCCCACGUCAUGCCAAGUCCAGCGCCUGCUCCUCAACAUUACACUCCUCAGCAACCUCAUGGGGGAAUGCAUCCUGGACAGAUGUCGAUGAACGGGCCGGGAACCCCAUCUCGGCAGGUCCAGCAAAUCACUCCAAGCGUGAUCAUUAGCCCUAGCGCUCCGCAUAUACCACCUCCCGGAGCUGCAGAAACAAUGCCUGGUGACCUUCAACCGCCCAAAGUUGGACAGAAAUCCCAUGCUUUCGAUCGGUUGCAUACAACGCCGAGAGAUGUUCCCGAGGGCAUUCGAACUCCAAAGCGACAGCAUUCUUCCCGCUUUGACAUAUCGGAUCAACGCCAAAGAGACCUUGAAAAGCUUCCUGGAUUUCAUGAAGUACCGCCAAACCGUCGACAGGACCUCUUCAUGCAGAAGAUUGAGCAAUGCAAUAUCAUUUUCGAUUUUAAUGAUCCGACCGGAGAUAUGAAAUCGAAAGAAAUCAAGCGUCUGGCGCUACAUGAGUUGCUAGAUUAUGUUGCGAAUAACCGAUCCGUUAUCACUGACCCAAUGUACCCCAAAGUGGUAGAGAUGUUCGCGAAGAACCUGUUCCGACCGAUCCCACCUCCAGUGAAUCCGCAAGGAGAUACCUUCGACCCUGAAGAAGACGAGCCAGUUUUAGAAGUUGCCUGGCCGCACAUUCAAGUCGUCUAUGAGUUUUUCCUUCGGUUUAUCGAGAGCCAGGACUUUAACACCAACGUCGCAAAAGCUUACAUCGACCAACAUUUUGUCUUACAACUCCUGGAAUUGUUCGACUCGGAAGACCCUCGGGAACGCGAUUUUCUCAAGACCACCCUGCACCGCAUCUACGGAAAAUUCCUGAACCUCCGCUCAUACAUUCGCAAGUCUAUCGGCAAUGUGUUCUUUCAAUUUAUGUAUGAAACCGAACGUUUCAAUGGCAUUGCAGAACUUUUGGAAAUUCUUGGCUCCAUUAUCAACGGAUUUGCCCUUCCGCUCAAACCAGAACACAAGACGUUUCUUACACGAGCUUUGAUCCCGCUUCAUAAAGUCAAGAGCCUGAGUAUGUACCAUCCUCAACUAGCGUACUGUAUUGUUCAAUUCCUCGAGAAAGAAUCCACUUUGACUGAGGAAGUUGUACUUGGACUCCUUCGCUUCUGGCCCAAAACCAAUAGUACCAAGGAGGUAAUGUUCCUCAACGAAGUUGAGGAUAUUUUCGAGGUUAUGGAUCCCUCAGAAUUUGCCAAAGUCAAAGAGCCUCUCUUCCAUCAGCUAGCCAAAUCAGUUGCAAGUCCUCACUUCCAGGUUGCUGAACGAGCGUUAUAUUUCUGGAAUAACGAAUACUUUUGCAAUCUCGUUGGCGACAAUGUGGAAACUAUACUCCCGAUUAUGUUCCCUUCGCUUUACGAAAAUUCUCAAUCACAUUGGAAUAGAACGAUACACAGUAUGGUAUACACCGCGAUGAAAAUGUUCAUGGAAAUAAACCCACAAUUAUUCGACGACUGCUCCCAUGAAUACCGGGAACUCCAGAAUAGUGCGCCCGCUCGUGAACAGAAUAGAAAGGCAAAAUGGCAACGGCUGGAAGAGUUAGCACGCGCCCAACAGUCAAAGGAUAAAGCCGUUCGUCCGACAAAAGUGCUGCCGAAACUUGCUUCCCACCCAGAGGACCCGGAGCUUAUUACACAGGAUAAUCGGCAGCGGCUUAAUGCUUUGAAGCUGCAGGAUGAGGGCACAACUGCCAAGGACCCUAAUCAGCCGCGACUGCCAGAGCGGGAGGGACAGACUUCGGUUAGUGGCUCAUACGUUGGUUGA